AUGUUUCGACAAAGGAGUCUUGACUUCGAGAAGCUGGUUAAUAAGUUAUGGGAGCUGGAUGCGAAUCGGUUUGAAAUUAACAGGGACUUGGUCCUGAAUCUACAAACCUUCAUCAAGUUGAUGGGUUUUUAUGAGCCAAAUAUCCUCGUAAUUGAGACCUCGAACCCAGAGAAGGUUCAGAGUCAGAUGGCCUUUCUCGAUGCUAUCCUAGCAACGCCAGUAAUGGCAGAGGUGCGGCGUUAUUUGGAGGAAAGGAAACUCGCAUCUUCGGUUGACGAGGAGUUCAAGGAGAUGCUCGGUCACCUCUGGUUCACCGGUAUUGAGCGCAAAAAGCGUCUGAGUUCCAGUGCCUUCGAACACGUGUUCCUGGGCGAGGGCAGAGGAGCACGGGUUCUAGGUUUCCACUACUGGCUUCCGCUUUAUCUCCACGAACAUGAAGACAAUUUAAAUUACUUCGGUUUCUAUGGAAAGAGUCGUGGUGGUCUAAAGAACCUCUUCUCUGUAGCUUUCAAGUGGAAGAGUGAAUGGAUGAAGAACUACGCCACAUUCUUAUUCGGCACAUCGCCAGAAUUCGAAAUGGGUGUCUACACCGCCGCCUUCCUGACAAUGAACUCCAUUUGGCCUAAUGGAUAUCGCUAUGCAUUGUCAUUACGUGUCAACCAAAGUCGAGUAGCUAUUCAGUGCUAUCGCAAUACACAGGUUACUUUGGGCUCCUGUUACGUUGUCUAA